UUCCAGGGGCGGCUCGAGGGCGGUCCAUGGCGGUCCAUGAUUCUCAACCCCCGGGUUCCAAUUCACCAGUCUUUCCGUGGGCUUGGGACGGAAACGUGGGGUGUCCGGGAUCGGCAGUCGACCCGCCGCUUAGCGCAAGCGCCGGCCCCACGUUCAACGGGAUGGGGUGCGAUAAGAUAACCUUGGAUUGCGCUCCCUCACGAGCAACCAAUAUCAAGUCGCAUUACCGCGCUGCGCUCACCAAUCAUGGGGCCGUCUCUAGAAGCACCCGAGUCCGCCGAGGACGUCCUCGCGAACCCGCUCAAACAGAAACCCCAGCUCGUGGCCCCCGAGCCCGAACACUGCCCCGGCCCGGAAUCCGAACAGGCCGGCACGGCCGACUCGUGCGCCGGGUGCCCCAACCAGACGAUAUGCGCGGCGGCGCCCAAGGGGCCCGACCCGGACCUCCCCGCCAUCACGGCGCGGCUGGCCGGGGUGAAGCACAAGAUCCUGGUGCUGAGCGGCAAGGGCGGGGUGGGCAAGAGCACGCUGACGGCGCAGCUGGCGCAGGCGCUGGCGACGAACCCGGACGCCACCGUCGGCGUCAUGGACACCGACAUCUGCGGGCCCAGCAUCCCCAAGAUGCUCGGCGUCGAGGCCGAGACCAUCCACGUCAGCGGCAGCGGCUGGUCGCCCGUCUGGGCGGCUGAUAACCUGGCGGUUAUGUCCAUCCAGUUCAUGCUGCCCAACCGCGACGACGCCAUCAUCUGGCGCGGCCCCAAGAAGAAUGGCUUGAUCAAGCAGUUUUUGAAGGAUGUGGAGUGGGGGGAUCUGGACUUUUUGCUGGUGGACACCCCGCCGGGCACGAGCGACGAGCAUUUGAGCGUGAACACGUUUUUGAAGGAGAGUAAGAUCGAGGGCGCCGUGGUCGUGACCACCCCGCAGGAGGUGUCGCUACUGGAUGUGCGGAAGGAGAUUGACUUCUGUCGGAAGGCGGGCAUCCGGAUCCUGGGGCUGGUGGAGAACAUGUCGCUGUUUGUGUGUCCCAAGUGCACGCACGCGACCGAGAUCUUCCAGGCGACGACGGGCGGGGGGCGGGCGUUGGCGACGGAGAUGGGGAUCCCGUUCCUGGGUGCCGUGCCGCUGGACCCGCGGCUGGGCAUGGCCUGCGACUACGGCGAGAGCUUCUUUGACUCGUUCCCAGACAGCCCCGCGUGUGUAGCGCUGAAGCAGGUGGUCAGGGGGCUAGCGGGGGAGAUUGGCCUAGACCCGAAGGAGGUCGUGCCGGAGGGCUAACUAUAACUAGGGCCUAGAAUAAACAAAAAAGCCACCCAUAUACCGUUUGGGAAGAUCAUCACU